GGAUUUUUGAAUCGUUCCAGCGUUCCUUUCUUCCGAAGAAGGCCGAGUGAGACUUCAGAUGCGUGUUUGCAUCUCCUCUAGUUCUUGGAAAAACGCGCGGGUGACGGUGGAACUCCGGAGAGUCGGCCUGCUCGCGCCGUCCUUGUAAAGAAUGAAACAUUCUGCCUUGUCUUCUGCGUUGGACUUCAGAAACAAAACGGAGAGGCAAACAGGACCUGUUAUGUUUCGUGGGUUUUUCUUCAGAGCCAAAGAAAGGGGGAAAACAUACGAAACUGUCGACGAAACGUCGACUGACGCGAGGCUAUGUGAUCCUUGUUCUUGUCUUUUUUUCCGGCGACUAAACAGCGACAUGUUUGCACGCAAAGUCGUGUGACUAGAGGAAGUUAGGGAGUUCCCUGCACAGUGCAGUUCUUUCCGUCUCGAGGAAACCGUCAGUUCCCCCAAAGAAGAACCACUGCCAGACACGAACUUUAAUACGUGGUUUUCCGGGGCCUGAGGGGUUAUUUUCACUUCCAGGAAACGACUCGCGUCGAGUCGAGACCACAAAACACGUUUCCCAUUCUAUUAUCGAGUAGACCGUCCUCAGAAUGCGAGAGCAAAGCCCUUUGGUGUGUCGUGUUCCUGUUUGACUGUUUGUUUCUUGGGUUCUCUCGCUUCCGGAGCUCAUUUACGUCUAGGAGACGGCAAAGUUUUCCAAAUGUCGUCAAAGCAAGGACAGACAGCCUGGUCAAGCAAGCGUUCUGUACUUUUUGCCCAAGAAGAACGGCGGCUGUAUAUUUGUGACGGUUCAAAGCUAGGAAGUCUUUGUCGGGUCAUAGCCGUCGCGGGUGGAAGCUGAUCCGAUUCUUGAUUUGGCGUUUAUCUAAAACUCCCGGUUUUCUUUUUCGGAGGAAAAACAGUUUUCUGUAUAUACAGCAAAGACUGUCCUCCUGUGAAAUCUCGCCGCCAAAAGCGUUCACCGACUUCUCAGGAGCUGCGAAAGCGUCGAAGAAAAAGCGAUUUCUUUCUUCCGUCUCCCGCGUUCAGUUUUCGACGACUUUCCAGAGUGUCUUCCCUCUCAAACUCCUCACUUUCCUUUGGGUGUUUUUCUGUGUCAUGUCGUUCUAUUCUAACGCUGGCACGUGCAGCCAUAAACCCACAUGUGCUUCUCUAGACGCUUAGCCCGGUAGGAGUACCUCCUCUCGUACGCCUCAUCUGGAGUGCGUGUGUGUAUCUCUUCAUCUGGUAUCCAGCUCUCGUCCAACUCCUCUCGUUUUCGCCGAGGAACGCCUUUCGUUGUCUCGGCCUUCCCACCCUCAACCCCCUCGCCGGUUCGACAGCUUCGUGGGGGUGCCCCUCAGUCGUUCUGUCAGCCCUCAGAAUCCUAUCUCAGAGGUUGUUCCUCCCCCCGUACGGUGGCCCCGAUCUUCCGAUCGUCCUUGCUUGUAAGGAGUCCUUUCAUUUCUGGCGUCUUUUCGCUCUUCUUUCGCGAUGGUGCACCCCAACGCGCCUCCGUCCUCAGGGGCGUCGCUGGCGGCGCUGUUGAGACAGUUCAAUCUCCCGGCGAGUUGCCGCAGCGUGCAGGAACUUCGAUCUGCGUACGUUCGCCUCGCUCAGCAGCUGCAUCCGGACAAAAAUGGCGGGAGAGGGUCGCGGGAGUUCGGGGAGCUGCACGAGCGCUAUCUGACGUGUCUUCGACUUCUCCAGCACGAGAACAGCCGGGCGCCGAGCCACCGAGGCCCUGCCGCCUCUCCGCACUGCUCUUCUCACUUUUCUUCUCACCGCCGUGGGACGAGCGGGAGAUUCGACAGCGGACGAGGCGGCGCCUUCAGACCCGCAGACUUCAGCGCCUUCAGCGGGCUCUCCGGAAACGCGUGGACCUACGCGGAGUGGACGGCGAAGAUGCGCGAGCGACUAGGACACAGACACACCCCCGGCUUCGCGGCCUACGCUCGAUCCCACAAAGAGACCCCCGACUUCGCGGCCUACGCUCGACCCCACAAAGAGACACGCGGCGGGGACGGCGGGGUCCACCAGCCGCGGACGCUAUCGCGAGAGGCCGGUGGAGUUGCCGCGCUCCUUGGGGUUGGCUUCUUCGGAGUUUUCGUUUUGUGGAGGGAAAGUGGAGAGGCAAAAAGAGAGAUGGCAAACGCAAACGUCCAGCUGUUCGUGCGACGCCACGAAGAACAAGUCCGCCGCCUCAAGGAGACAGAGAAGGAGAAAAGUAUCUUUCCCACAGUGGAGGGCGAGAAGCCGUGUGAAGGAGAAGCGAAAGAGCGGCGGGAAGUCGCCUUUGGAGGCGCCGGGGAAGAGAAAGGGACAAGGAGAGACAGGGAAGAAGCAAGGGACUUGGGACUCACUGUCUUCCUCGACGGGGAGAAAAGAACAGAUCAGGAAGUGACGAGGAAUCGAAGAGCGCUCGGAGAAAUGCUACGAGUCGAAGAGGCGAACAGAGAGACGGAUAGAGAGCACGUGGAUCUGACGCCUUGCGUCUCAACGCUGGCUUCGAGCUCGCCGUCACCGUCUGAGUCGCGAGAGUCUCUCGUCUUCUCUCCUUCAUUCUCUUCUUGCGACUCUGAGAAUCUCCGCCCUGACUGCUCUGACGUUUUGGCAUCCGACUCCGUCCCCCCCGAUGGAUCUUCUUCCCGUUCCUCUCUGUCUGCUCCGUAUUCUCUCUGUCGUUGGCCUGCCUUUCCGGUUGCGAGUCUAAGCGCGGAGACAGGUGCUGCCUCGGAAGAGAGAAGAGAUUCUUUGGGGGGCUGCGAAGAGGCAACGCCAAGUUCUUCGCCGGAAGCUUACCGGGCUCAGGACCUCUUGACGAAGCAGUACCGAAGAGGAACCGUGAAGAAAAGGCUGCGACGACGGAGUCUACACGAGACAGAAAAGACCACGAGGGCGCGCGUCGAUGAAAAAAAUGAUGGGAGCGCCCCUAAGCAACUUAGGCAGAGACAGGGAACUGGCUUCGCUCCGUACGCCGUGCCUCCCGUCGAUGUGACAAGGGGCCACCGCGGCCCACAUCGAGAGUCUCGGUACAUCCACGGUUAUGGUGGUGCGACGGGCGCCGGGUUCGACGACUAUCUCGCGGAGUGUGAACUGCAGAGAGAGUCAGCGAAGCGGAAGGAGUCACAGAAAACGGACGAGAAUGAAAGCGCAAACAAUGCCCAGGCCUCCUCGACGGUAGCUGCGUGUGAGAGUGUUGGCGAGGCUAUGGAAUUCUGCGAAUUCAAACAGGGGGGUUGUCUGGGACACGACAGUACUUCCUUCAAAGAAGAAAAGACGCCGCAAGACAAAACCUCGAGUGGAAAGAGCGAACAGGCGACAGCGCGAGCUGCAGCAGACGCGAUCGGUGCCGAGUUUACACGAAAUAUUCGCACAACCAUGAAUGUGCCAAAUGCUCACCUUCGCCCUCACUGGCAGGUCCAGAACUGAAGAAAUGUUGAUGCACACAUUUGUGGAGACAUCGUUCGGCUGCGACACUUGCAGGUUUUUCACCAGAAGGCGCCUUCACAGCACCAAAGAGCACACUGUGACGUGCUUUGAGGAACGGCUAGAGGCUCCCUGUUUCCGUGCAGUGGUCAAAAACAAAGGUUAUGCUUUUUCAGUCCGCGGCACCCCACUUUCCGUUGGUUGUCAGUAUGACGUAUACAAGGGGGCAGCAAGAUACGCCCUGCGGACACAGGCCGAUACUUCCGCAUGUUUCCAUGUAACUUUUAAAGACCGAGAUGUGGAAGCACCUGACUGCAUGUGGAGUUCAAAGACAACCCAGUAAAUCUAAAGAUGACGAAGCAAAGUCGCGGUACCAGAACUUGCGCCGCCGAGGCACCGCUUUUUCAUCGUUUGCGAACGACAAAUUUUGCCAUAUUUGGGGACCUAAAUGCUGCAAGCGGGCUUCCAUGGGUUUAAUAGAUUGAAGCAACUUCCUAUGCGAACACUGUUUGUUUAGCCACCCAUUUCCGUACGUAAGGGUGAGAACCACAAAAAGCGGUUGGAGCAAAUCACGGUGGCACCGAUAUGUUUGUUGUCUAUAAUCCAGGUGUACGAAUCUGACACGUCGUCAGCGAAAAUUCAGCAGUGGCUGCUGUCGAAGGUGUCAUACGAUGCAGUCGCCGUUGUGCAGUGACAGGGAUUCGUUUCUCUACGGCAGUGGUGGCUGGUCCGUGAAUUCUUCCUCCGCGAUUUACUUUCGAAUCACACAUUCCGUGACUGGCACUCUUUUGCAUUCAUCCACGAACAUAUUCGGGCGUUCUCGGUCAGAAACGGAUCUCUCAGCACGCGCUCUUCAACCCGCAGAAAGUAAGGGGUGUUUCUGAUGCGG